AUCAUAUCGUCCCCAAACUUUCCUAACGACGUCGUCUCAAUCGGCAUUUGGAUGCAAAGACACGCUACCAGUGUCACAAGACAGCGCGCGCACAUGAAUUACAAUGUAAAACGUCACCGUUUUAGAUCUAACACCGUCUCCAAACCCUAAUUGUGUCUCUUCAUCAUUCCAAUAACUCGAGCUUCACGGUUUGCACCAUGUCCUCCGAUGACAUCAAUCUCGGUCCUGAUCAGAGAAUUGAAAACGGCCUCACUUCCCCCCUCGUCUUCCAAGACGAUGCUUUACGCUUCAACUGCGAUGGUGCACCACAGCGGCAGGUCGGCGAUCCGGUUCUUAAACCCCGGGAAGUCGGCGGUUUCAUCGACGACAAGAUGUUCACUGUAAAUCGCGAUCGCUUUUUCACCUCCCAGGGUGCCGAGUUCCGCCGUAACGUUUUUGCUGAUCGCUCCGACCACAGGGAUGCUCCAGAUGUACUGAACUGGAGCGCGGGAACUCCCAGUAGCGAUGAUUCGGACGGAGAAGACGAUGAAGAUGACGAUGGAGAUGAAGGUGACGAUGGUGGCGAAGGGGUCAUUGUAGUAGACAGACUCGUCAGUAUUGGUGACGGGAGCAACCGGAGUUCAAAUGCAAUCAUUGACGUUAACAAUAACAACGGUGGUGGUGUUGUAAUUGGAAAAUCUCAGCAUCAUUCCCCUUAUGUUUCUGGUAGAGAGAUGUUGGGAAAGGACGGAGAGAUUGUACAGUUGGUGCAUAACCAUGGGAGUGGUACUGUUGGUGAAGCUCAUCAGCGAGAAAGAUUAGGUAAAACUCAGAACUCUGCAACUGUUGCUGAAACCGAUUGUGAGGAGUAUUAUUCCCAUUACCUUCAAGGUGCAGAAGGGUCACCUUCUGUACAGAAAGUUAUGGUGGAUGACAAUGGUUGUGGGUUUAGUGGAAGAAGGGAUGCUGUGUAUUCAAGCGAGUCAGGGGAGUCAUUGAGGGCAAUUCUUUCAGAUCCUGUUACUGGGACUCUUAUGGAUGAUGCAAUGAUAUUACCUUGUGGACAUUCUUUUGGCGGAGGUGGAGUACAGCAUGUUAUUAGAAUGAAAGCUUGUUGUACUUGCUCUCAACCCACACUGGAGGAAUCAAUAUCUCCGAAUCUUUCACUCCAAGCUGCCGUGCAGGCGUACCGUCGGGAAGAGGAAUCACAAUUUUACCGGUCAUCUAAAAGAAGAAGAGAAAGAUUUGAUCAGGGUGGUUUAGGAGAGUGUGCUGUUUUUGAACCAUCAAGGAGCAGAGGUGUUCAAUUUCCAUUUGCUGUGACGGACAGGGUUAUCAUAAAGGGGAACAAAAGGACACCACAACGCUUUGUUGGAAGGGAAGCUAUUGUAACAACACAAUGCCUGAAUGGAUGGUAUGUGGUGAAGACAUUGGACAAUGCAGAGAGUGUAAAAUUGCAGUAUCGCUCCCUUGCGAAGGUUUCUGAUGAUCCUUCAAAACUUGUCUCCAGCAACAAGGGGCCUAAUUGGCUUCAGAUCAGCCGCACACCAUCAUAAAAUGUGGUUGAUAAUUUUUCUGCAGAAGUUGCUACUUUAUGUUAAGCAAUUUAUUCUUAACACCCCAAACAAAAUAUCUUUGUAAUUUUACAGUUGUAUUGUAAGAAAACUGUAACUACGAGUUUGUAAAAUAUGUAUGCCUUGUAUUUUUUGAGUAUAGUAUCUUAGCAACCAUUUUGUUCGGCUACAGUAACAGAUAAUACUUAGAUAGAAGCUAUUGUGACUUAAA